AUGCUUCCCAGCGCCCUUUACUGGGACCUGGUGGGCUCCUCGGCUCUCCUCAACCUGCCGGCGGCGCCGGGCUUCGGCAACCUGGGUAAAAGUUUCCUCAUCGAGAACUUGCUGCGGGCCGGGGCGCCGAGCCCUGCCCAGCUCCGUCCCCUGCCCGCCAACCCCGUGCCCCUCAAGCUGUGCCCCGCGGCGGAACAAAUCAACCCCUCAGGGGGUUCCUUCCCGGCAAGAUGGGCUUUCCAAGCGCUUAACCCCUCUGCGGCGGACGGCGGCCGCCCGCCAGCGCGGGCCGCGGCGGCGGAGAGAGGCGGCAUCUUCCCGCCUGCAGCCACAGCUCUCUCCAAACACUUUUUUCUCCGAGCCCCACCAUUCUACUCAGCAUGCUGCGGUGGGUCCUGUCAGCACCCUGCAUCCCCCACUGCUUUUCCAAGGGAGGAAAGUGUGCUGCCGCUUCUGACCCAGGAGUCUAACUCCAAAUCCCGGAGAGGCAUAUUAAGAAGAGCUGUCUUUUCUGAAGAGCAGAGGAAAGCUUUGGAGAAAAUGUUCCAGAAGCAGAAAUAUAUUAGUAAAACAGACAGGAAGAAACUGGCCCUUAACUUGGGUCUAAAGGAGUCUCAGGUGAAAAUUUGGUUUCAGAAUCGAAGGAUGAAAUGGCGAAACUCCAAAGAAAAAGAAGUGCUUUCUAACAGGUGCCUCCAAGGAGAAGGUCUUCAGGAGAACUACCUCUCACAGUCCACCGUGAAUUUUACCUCCCCAUGUCCAUCUGUGUGGGAAAUGUCUGAAGCACGGGCAAGUCCAAGGUGGAGGGAGAAUUCUCCAGGAAAUUCUGAAAGACUGACUAGUACACAACCAUCUCCAAGAGCAAAUUCAUUACAGAGCCCACUCUAUUUGUAUCCUGACCAAGACACUGCAAACAAGGCAUCGUCAAGUGUAAGGGGGUAG